CAAGAUGGCUGUCCUCUCAAAGGAGUAUGGGUUCGUGCUUCUAACUGGUGCUGCUAGCUUCAUAAUGGUAGCUCAUCUAGCCAUCAAUGUUACCAAGGCCCGCAAGAAGUACAAGGUGGAGUAUCCUACCAUGUACAGCACAGACCCAGAAAAUGGACAUAUCUUCAACUGCAUUCAGCGAGCCCACCAGAACACGUUGGAAGUGUAUCCUCCCUUCUUAUUCUUCCUAGCUGUUGGAGGUGUUUACCACCCACGUGUAGUUUCCGGCUUGGGCUUGGCUUGGAUUGUUGGACGAGUUCUUUAUGCUUAUGGCUAUUACACCGGAGAGCCCAGCAAGCGGAUUCGAGGAGCCCUGGGGUCCAUUGCCCUCAUUGGCUUGAUGGGCACAACUGUAUGCUCUGCUUUCCAGCAUCUCGGUUGGGUUAAAAGUGGCUUGGGCAGUGGAUCCAAAUGCUGCCAUUAAAGAAUCAAUAGGGGCUUACAACUCUCAUUCAUUUUGAAUGACUUACCUUAAUUUCCAGUUAUAUUUUUUUUUCUAAAUAUAAUAAAACCUAUCUGGCAUCAGCCUCAUACCUAAA